AUGGCUCGCGAAAGAUCUAAAGUUGGUUUCAAACAAAUCCUAUCAUCUCUUACCCAUUCAUGCAAAUAUUUGAAUGUAGCUUAUUUCACAGCACCUGGGCAGUCGAAGGCCUCGAAAGAGCUACAGAAUUUGGCGCAUCUAGAUACUUGUUGCAGGGGCAGUCUUUCCUCAAGAUGUCUUGUUCGGCUCUUUGAAUCUUUCACCCAUGAAGGCCUGAAUGAUGUCCAUCAGUGUUUUGUAUUUGAACUACUUGGCCCUACCGUUGACAAAAUACUUACAGACUAUCAUUUGGGCCAGGACAAACUCAAUCCAGAAAGCAUACUUCGGACGACGACCCAGCUUUUGGAAGCUCUCACAUUAACUCACAGUGUAGGCAUGUACCAUGGAGAUAAUAUCAAUCCUUCUGUUUUGAGGUAUGAACUGUACUCGCCUUGUGCUAGAAAUAGCGGCCGGAACAUUGCGUUCAGCUGCACGAAUCUACUAGAAGCAACGGAAGAGGAACUUUUUGCGAUUGUUGACAGGAUAGAUGAAGAUGAUAAAAUUACGGGUUCUUGGAUUUGGAGAGAGCUUUCUCCAGGGAGAGGAACCAGGAAAUAUGUUCAGCUCGGAACAUUGCGAGUGCUGGAGACUAUCUCUCAGACAACUUUGAUUAUCACGUUGAUUGAUGGAGCGAUUAUGAAUGUUUAUCCAUUCCUAUUCACGGCAUAUCCAUUCUGGUACUUUGAUGAGGACAUGGCCUUGAUUUCCCAGAUGAUUGAAUUAGUGGAGAGAAUUCCAACUGCAUGGGAGCCUAAGUGUAAAGAAACACAGAUCGAAACAUGA